CGCGCAAAAUAAAUACGUCCGAGCCGUCCGACAGGCACAGGUGUUUGACAGCUCCGACAGAAAAUGCUCGGAAAGCAACAUGUAAAGGAAGAAGCUGAACUUGUAAACACUGUCCACCGCUCGCUUGAUGGGAUUUCUCGAGCAGACCGAUCAUCGUUCCGCAGUUAAAAUAGGAAAGUUAAAGGAAUUGAAACGAAAGUUGCCGUGCAACCAGCCAACCGCAAACCGUCGGACGGCCUUGACGUCAGGCUGUCAGGCGCGUUCGCGCUCUCGCCUCCCCCGUAGCUCGCGUGCUUAUCACGAAAUUCCUCGCCAAUCGAUAUGUUGACAAACAAGCUGUGAAAUCCAACAAACACACACACAACACACACGUACGCACACGUACGCCCUUUUCCCAUUGUGCUUUAAUUUUCACUGCCAGUGAGGGCGAUUUAGCGUGGCAAGGGCCAACACAAUGAGCGCUGCAGCAUUACGGGCAGUUUGGUGAGUUUUGCACACACACAUACAGACAGGGGAAACGGGUGAGGCAGGAUGAGCGAUCGGCAGAAUGGGGUCAGUGCGGUGACACAUCGCCAUCGGUCCCGCAGCACCGAUCGGCUGGUGGCGGCGACGGGCGUCGAACGGCUCGCGAGCGGGCAGCGCUGCCCGAGCGCCCCGAACCUGGUGGACCAUGAGUCAGAGAUGGCCUUUGUGAUGCAUCGCUGCAGCAGCGGAAGCAACAGCAGCAGCCACCACAGCGCCAGCAAGCGCAUACCUCCGUUCAACUACCACGACGGCACUAAUCCGCCUCCCAGCACGGCGCAGGCAACGUCAGCGGCGGCCCCAAAGAAAGGGGGAGUGACGCCCACCGUGACCACCACCACCGCCGCCGGUCCGGUCGAGUACGGCGAUGUGCUGCAGGUGACGCCACCCGCCCGCCUGCGCACCGUCCCGAUCGGCUUCCUGGACGAUCUCGUGCCGCAAAAGGGGCGUCGGCUGCGCAAACACUUCAACGAGCUGGAACCGUUCGACGGGCAGUGCCGGUUCUGGACCGAUUCGCCGCUCGAGCGCAUCCACCCGGAGCAGGGCUGCAUACCGAUCCUCAAGGCGGUCUACUUUUCGCGCAACAACAACGAUCUGGACAAGGAAAAUGCACACUUCAAGCUGGCGGAGGCGCUCAUCUCGACGUUCGAGCUGCUGAAGUGGAAAUCCUGCCUCAACCGGACCGCGAGCGACCUGUCCGACUGGGAGGUCGGCAGUGGGCCGGCCGGUGACAGCGUCGGUGGGGGCGGCAGCACCCGCCGCGAGGGCACGGAGCAGACGGGCCGGGACGCGGACGGCACCGACACGGACGAGAGCUGCGAGGCGAUCGAGGCGAAGGAAAGCGUGUACGACGAGCGGACCUACUCGGCGGAGGAGAUCGCGAUCAGCCUGCUCGGCAAGUUCCACGACAAGCAGCUGCCGUCCGCGUGCGACUUCCUCUGGCUGGUGUCGGAGCAGGACGCACCGCAGAAGCUGCUGCCGAUGCCGAGCGGCGGCGUGAUCGAUCCGGACGAGCAGCAGCAGGCGCACGAGGGCGCCGGCACACUGAUACGGGGCACGCAGGAGUGGGCACCGCCCCGGCCGCAGGUGAUCUUCACCUACCGACCGCCUCCACUCGAACGACGGGCACAGAUCCAGCGGCAGGGCAAUCGGUGCGAAGGGUGCGGCAUUAAGGUGCAUCCGGCCUAUCUGAGCCGCUAUCGCUACUGCCACUACACCGGGAAGUACAACUGCUCCGGGUGUCACAAGAACCAGAUGGCCAUCAUCCCUGCGCGCGUCAUACAAAGGUGGGACUUUACCGUGCUGCCCGUGAGCGUGUUCGCUUACCGCGUGCUGGGCGACAUCUGGAGCACGCCGCUCUACCGCGUCAACCACCUGUACCCGGACCUGUACGGCAGCGUGAAGAGCCUGCGGGCGGCCCGGCUGGCCCGCGUCAACGUGAAGUACGUGAAGGACUUUAUCAUGAACUGUCGCCACUCGGAAAGCACGCGCCGCUGCUUCCAGGAGGUGCCGGAAUACUUUACCUCCGACUUUGACAUGUGGUCGAUGGCGGACUUGCUGGCCGUCAAGAGCGGCACCCUGCAGCGGCUGCUGCUCUCCAUCGUAAGCCGCUGCGAGCGUCACAUCCUUGCGUGUGAGCUUUGCCUUGGCCGAGGGUUUGUGUGUGAAAAGUGUAUCGGCGGCAGGCGGCAGGAACCGGGCGUCCUGUUCCCGUGGCAGCCGCACGUAGUGCGUUGUGAGCAGUGCGGCACCCGCUACCACGAUGGCUGCUGGCGCCGCGAUCGAAGCUGCGAAAAGUGCACCCGGAUGCAGCGACGGGCGACGGACGGUGCGGCGACGGAAAAACGGCUAGCGGCGGCGCAGCGUGACUAAGCACGCUCCCGGUUGCUUGGGAGCACCUUAAGACACACACACGACACGACACGAUGACACGACAAGCGACAAAUCCCAAAUACCUCUGUGUGGCACUAAACAGCCAACGAGCGUGUACAGGGUUUUCCAGGGGUUCUCAUAGCUGUGGGACACUUCCUAGACUCUUUCCUAGUGGAAGUGAACUUCAUACGUUGGAAAUUGAACUCUAUGGCACCCUUUUUGGACAGGCUCGUUGGAAAUUCCUAUUGCAUUCGUCCAACAAGGGUUCUAGAGAGUCCAAUUCCCAUUACAUUAAGUUCAUUUCAUGUAAGAAAGAGUCAAUAAAGUGUCCCACAGCUAUGAAAACUCCUAGCAAUCCCUGUAAAAGCUUUUAAAAGUGUAAAUUGCAUCACAAAACCAUUUCAAGUUCGGGCAGCCAGAUGAAAAGGUUGUCCAAAACCUGACAAGGGAAUUAAUUUAUUUGAUUAGCAAAAUUCUCACCACAAGAAAUCACCGGAGCAUCCUUCCCCUUUCUCCUCUCUCUCUCUCUCUCUCUCUCUCUCUCUCUCUCUCUCUUUAUUUCUCUCUCUCUCUCAAACAAAAAAAGGUGUGAGUUUAAAAUAGUGAUUACUAAUGCGAAGAAAAUGCGUUUCUUCCUUCUUGCCCGAGACAUGACAAACACCCGGACAAAGACACGAGCACAGAAACACACACGUAAACUUUGCGGGAACUAUUUACAUGUAAAAAAACACAAACAUACACACACAUAUGUUUAUACAUAUAUACAGAAAGAGAUAUAUACGGAUAUUUCCAUAACGCGAA